GAAAUAUUUUGGUACGUAGGUAGAGAGUGCGACUGGAGUCAAUGAAGUGAGAUAUGAGUACGACUGAGUAAAUCGUUGGUUUAUUGCUUAGGGUUUUGGAGCAGAUUCAAUUAAACAUUAUUUCAAGCUCAUGGCGAAAGGAAGGUAUACGCAUACACGGGCACAGGGGAAGAAAUGGUCGACGUUUACGCUGGUUUUCUCGACGCUUUUGAUGCUCACACUUGUUCUUCUCGUCCUCCUUGCUCUCGGUUUUGUUUAUCUUCCAUCUACCAACGACGAUUCUCCAACCACGGAUCUUAGUGCAUUCAGGCGCAAGAUCUCUGAAAGUGGUGACAGUUUGGUAGAAAGGCAGGAGCAGUGGACUGAAUUUCUCUCCUGGGAGCCAAGAGCUAUCGUUUAUCACAAUUUCCUGUCAAAAGAAGAAUGUGAUUACUUGAUCAAUCUUGCCAAACCUUUUAUGGUAAAAUCAAGUGUUGUUGAUAGCAAGACUGGAAAGAGUACAGAAAGCAGGGUUCGAACUAGUUCAGGAAUGUUUCUCAAGAGAGGAAAGGACAAAAUUAUCCAGAAUAUUGAAAAGAGAAUUGCUGACUUUACCUUCAUACCAGUAGAGAAUGGUGAAGGACUUCAGGUUCUUCACUAUGAAGUCGGGCAGAAAUAUGAACCUCAUUAUGAUUACUUCCUUGAUGAGUUCAACACUAAGAAUGGAGGCCAACGUAUUGCUACAGUUCUUAUGUACCUUUCAGAUGUCGAAGAAGGUGGUGAGACCAUAUUUCCUGCUGCCAAGGCAAAUUUUAGUUCUGUGCCAUGGUGGAAUGAUUUAUCCGAAUGUGCUAGAAAGGGUAUCUCAGUGAAACCAAAAAUGGGUGAUGCUCUGCUGUUUUGGAGCAUGAGGCCAGACGCCACACUAGAUCCAUCAAGUUUACAUGGCGGUUGCCCAGUAAUUAGAGGAAAUAAAUGGUCUUCAACAAAGUGGAUGCAUCUUGAGGAGUACAAGGUUUAAGCCACCGAAUGCGCAGGUACGCCAGCACUUUUAUCACGUGUAGAAAAAAACGCUUCGGUUUCUCUAGCUCGUAGUUAAUACCCUCGGGGGAAAGGGGAAAAAAGAGUACUUUAUGUUGAUAUAAUCUGAGUUCUUAUUUGACUUAUAGUUGUCAUAGAGUUUCAAACGAAGAUGUCUUUAGGUAAGUAAGAGGCUUACUAGGGCAGGAUGUGUUGAAUAUAGGCAGAAAUACAAUUUGUAAUUUAACAUACUGAAAAGCGAGUAUAUUAAUCAUGCAUAAGUUUUUGAAAAUGUGUUAUUUGUCACAUAAGAAGUUAAAACACGUAUGGAGAAGUACAAAAUCUUAGUAUGUAAAAAAGUUUAUUUUAAUCUGUUG